ACGAAUUUGACAAAUGUCAAAAAAAGUUUUUUGCGAAAAAUCCGUGUGAAGAUUUUUUUUGGAGGAAUUUUCUGAGCUAAAAAGCGCCCCACGGUGAAUGCGUAGGAUGGUAAAAAGUGCUUCGGAUUGUGGUGCAUGCGAGUGUGACUCAGGGUGCGCGCUAGACGUCCCAACAGAAGUUCGGCAGUCAGACUAGCCGGAGAGGCGACGUGUGUGUUGCCAGAGGGGUGGGGCGCCACACGGUCCGGAAGAAGGAAGGAUGGAAGUUACAGCGGCCGCUGGGAAUGGUGUUGGGGAUCUCCUGAAGGGCACCACUGAGGGGCUCUCGAAGCGUGAAAAGUGCAAUAGGAAUGCCGAAGUGGCGUGCAGUGGGGGGGCAGCAGGUGAGGAGUUUGGUGGUGAAAGUUCCGACUCAAUGGAAAAGUGUGAUGUUAGUCCGGAGAAUAGUGCAAAGAAGGAUACGCCCCCGGAGGCAAAUGGUGGACCCCCCAGUCGGAUGACAACGUCUGCUUCGGCAAUCUUGGCGCAGCAGCCCCAACUACCCGGAAAUGUGCAAUACGGGGAGAUACCGAAGAGUAUUUCCCUCUUUGAGGUGUGCGCCCCCAAUCAGGAAGGCUCCCAGCCGGCACCACCAUCCCCCAAGCACGCAAUGGCCUUCACAAUUGACUUUGGGGGUCGUGCCGAUGAGCAGCGCUACCGCAGUAUGUAUGAAAAGUUCCAAAAUCGCCAUCGACGCGGAGUUUCCCUGACAAAAUUCGACGUGCCUCCGCCACCAGCACGUACGAAGAUCCCCAUGAGCGCCAAAUUGCCCCGAAAACAAAUCCCAACACCCACACCAGCCCCAACAGCCCCAUCAGCCCCCGAGAAGACCGCAGGGGUUAAAUUGCGCGACAAGAGUCGCCUCCAGGCCCCGCAGGAUGCCUCCAAGAGGCAUAGUUGGAGUCCACGUUCAAGUACAGCAGUCCCAGCUGCGGCUCCUCCACCGGAGAUUCGCACAAAAUUCACCCCACGCUCCCUGACACUCGCCAAAGCUCUCGAAGGGAAGAAAUCAUCCACACCACUAACGUCCGAAGCAUCGUCUGUGGAGGAAAUUCCCUGCCCAGUGCCUCCUCUGCAGGAUUCUCUCCAUCCUGGGGAGGAUCAGGUCUCCGAAGCGGGCACAUACACCCUCGAUGCCGACAACUACACCGAAGAACAAAAGGAACGCAUGAAUAUUGAUCUGCCGGAAGAUUUGGAAGUGCUGCAAAUUAGCGAAAGUCCCGGAGCAACAAAGCCCGAGCGCCCAACUUGCUUCGAGACGAAUUUAGAGACAUUCGACUACGAUUUAUCAUCCCAAAGAGACGUUGAUGGAGACGACAACCUGGUUGUGGUGGAGGAGGGUAUUGCCGGUAGUCCAAAGGAAGGAAAGUCUGGCAAGAGGAGGAAUGUUCUUGAGAUUUCUUGUUCGCACGAAACAUCAACGGCAAAGCCAAAAGUAUCGUACUUGGAACGCCUGAAGAAUCGCGUGAAGAACAUUAGUGAUCGUACAUUUCACAAAUCACGCUCCCCGGACAAGCUGCUACCCUCACCGGAUGUUGGGACCUUCACGAGUGUUACCACGAGUGGGAUAUUGAGUGUUAAGCCCACGUUGGAGAGUAAUCCGCGGCUAACGCGACGGAAUAGUUUAACGAAGAGUCAAAUUGAUAAUUCGGAGUACGUUCAGGGGGUGAGUAGGUUGAAUGUUGUUGCUGGGGGGGUGAGCAGUGGGGGUGAGAGUGUGAGGUCGUCGCCAAAGAGGGGGAUGGAGUCAGCAAUUAAAUCGGCAGCCACGAAGAGUGAUUGGAUUCAGGAGUGGGCACGUCAUGCGCGACAGCAUUCAGCACAAAUGUCACGCAGCUAUACGUUUGAAUCGCCAACGACGGAGGAGGGUCUCCCGGGGGCUUUUGUGGCGGAUGGAAUGAGCAGGAGUGGCUACGAGGGGGGUGCUUUUGCACGUGGACAGUUGGGGCGUUCAUCAAUGCGGGGGCGUUUUGACUACGGGGGCAGUGGCGGUGGGUACAACGAGGUUCCGGAGAGACGAAGACGCGAAGUGUUGGAAAAUCGUCCUCCUGUGAGCCCAACGAAGAUUCCCAGCCCCGUUGGGACACUUCAGCGACGCCCAAGGAGUCGUAGUAGUAGCACACGAAGUCACCAAGGGAGUCAGACGGACUUGAGCAAUGACACCGAUGUGUAUUUGCAGAAAACAGCAGCAGCCAUAACGACGCUGCAGAAGAUUCAUCGGGAUUCCCUGCAGAAUUCCCCAAAGAGCCCGGAAAGUCCCAAAAUCAUCUCACCUGAAUCGGGGCGUUCAGCGGAGGAGUAUUUGUUGCUGCAGCUGGCACGAAUGCACAAAUAUCACCGAAGGAAUCACUCACUUGAUGGCACGGAGGGAGCAGCACCGCCUCUUGUGGAAUUCCGGAGGCACGCGCGACAUCAUUCGUAUGAGAGUAGCGAGAAUCUUCCGCCACGUCCAAUGCGAACGGCUCUACAGAGUUUUAUCGAUGGUGAACGUGGCACGGACUUUGGGGAUGUCGUCGCACGGAGACGCCCUGAAUUGAUUAAACAUACCUCAGCGAGUGCUGCAGCAGCAAAGGAAGCGAUAGCGCAGCAGCAGCAGAAGGCCCAAUGCUCCCCUAUAAGACGUUCAACGUCUUUCUCCGCCAAGACGCCCAAUCAAACAGGAACACCGCGAAUGCCGUCAAAAAUCCCCCCUAAAACGCAAUCCAUCCAAAAGUCAGCGAGUAGUAGUAACUUCCGGACAGUUGUGGCAACAUAUGGGGAUGAUGACAUCAUGGAAUUCAUCAUUAAUGACAAUGUGGACCUCGAUGUGGGACAAUUGUCGUCUGGAUCUGAUCUCAGUGGGCAGGAGGAGGAGGAAUUUGGCGCGCCAGCAAAACCCAUCACAAACACCCGAUGCAAUAAAGCCUUCCUCAUGCGUAUGGAACAGAAUCGACGGCCAGUGUCGCAUCAGGGUGCAAAACCCGGUGCAAUUGCAUGCCCAAACACCCCAGAGAUGCGUCGCCGGGAGCCAAAUGUACGUACAUCCUUCCGGGAAAGGAUGUCAAUGCCACGUGAUUCGAGCUUAAAUCGCAUGAAGCAGGAUCUAGCACGGAGGCAGCAGCCACAGCCACAGCAGCAGCAACAGCCAAAGGAGCAGCAGCAGCUGGCAAAGGUUCAACCGCGAUAUAUGGAUAUAUCAAAGUAUAAACCCGUAACGGGGGCGAAUUUCCUGAAAAAGGACGAAAGUAAGAGCUACUUGUUGCACAGGGAGGUGAAAAAGAGCCCAAGUAGUGCUUCGGUGAAUCUCAAUAGGGGCGAUGCACAGAGAGCAAGCAAUAGGAGUGUCAAAUCAGCGGGUAUGAGACCAUCAUCGGGGAAAAAGGAACCACCAGCUCCGCAGAAGCAAGCGAAAGAAGCGGAAUUGGCCAUGUGGAAGCGAAGGGCCAGCUAUGACCCCAUGAAAGCUGCCUUGGAGGGAAAACGGAAGCAGGACGAAGCCAGGCGAUUGGCGCAGCAGCAACAAAGUAAAUUGGGUGAAAGUUCAUCGGCCGUCUUGAGGUCACAAUCCUUCCACAGUGGUGUCUCGAGUCAACUCAAGGCGAACCAAAUGGCAAAGACAACGAUUGAAAAUCAAUGGACGACGCUAGCAUUGAGCGACUCCAGUGAUGACAAUGAAUCAUAAAAACUAAUGCAAUUUUUUUCCUCAUCAUUUUAUACAUAAAAAAAAAACAAAGCAUAAGUUUUUCCCGUAAAUCCUGGCACCUUUCCGCAAAGAAAAAAGAAAUCCAACAAGUCCUCUUCCACUUUAUCCACAAAAAAAAACUUUCUAUAAGAAAAAUUAACCUCCUUUUAACUAAUUUUUAAACGAAAAAAAAAUCAUUAGAGUUUAAUCUUUAGGCCGUGAAUGUUGAUUUUUUAUUAAUGAAACUGCAUCCCUCCUUUCUUAAUUUUUAGUAAAAAAAAGAGAUUUUUUAAAAAAUAAUAUUGAAUUGUGAUUAAUGACAAUUUUUAUUUAUAUUUUUUUCUCAUUUUUUAAAUUAAUCUUUGUUCAUUGAAAUUGUCUCGUUUAAAAAAAAAUUGCAAAAAAUCAUCUUUUUAUGUAUUUUAGAAAAAAAAAAACUUUUAUAGCGCAAGAAGUCAAUAUUAUUGUCAAAAUGUAUUAUUAAUUAGAAAAUUAAAUAUUUCUUUUUAACUCCUAUCCCAGUUCACUUAUUCACUUAAAAAAAAAACUAAAAAUUGCAUCCUCUUUUUUAUAUAGAAAAAAAUUAAUUAAAAAAAAUCUUCAUAAUGAUUUAAAUAAAAAAAAAGAAAACAAUUAAAACAUGAAAUGUUAAAGAAAUUAUUGUGAAAAGAAAUGCAAUGAGAAUGAUAAGAAACGAAGAGAAAACAUUAAGCGCAGCAUAAAAUUCAAAAUAUUAAUCACUAAAAGUGAUUAUUUUGAGUUUUUUUUCUUAACUUUAAAAACUCCCCUUUCGAAAGAAAAACGAUUAAAUGAUAUUUCCUUAUAUUAUUAAUUUUUUUUAGUAGCUACCUUAAUAUUAACUAUUUUUUAGUAAAAUAGUUUUUUAAAUGGUUAUUUAUUGCUAUAAGGAAAAAAUGAAGGAAAAAAAAAGAAGAAAAAUUAGAAACGAAAAAUGCAAAUAAUGUUGCUUCAGUUGAUUGUUACGAGUUUUUAGUUUUAGGUUUUUAUUUUAUUUUUUGAGAAUCCUUUCUGUCCAUUAUUUUUUUAAGUCUCCCAAUUUUAUUUCCUUUUUAUCUCAAAAAUCCUUUCCAUCCUCGCGAAAAGAAAAAAAAAUCAUAAAAUGCUUGACAUGAAAUGUUUCUGUGCUGAAGCUUUAAGAAAAAAAAAGAAAGAGAAUGGAAAUAAAUCAAAAAUAAAACGCAAAAA